AUGGAUCUUAAUGCAAGAAUAGGACAAUCUCAAAUAAAUUAUGCUAGUGAAACAGGUCGAAUGAGUCCUUUUGAACAUUUGGAUAACACUGAUUUUGCAGGAUCUCAACAAACAAAAGAUCCAGUUCAUCCAGAAUCUGAACAAUCAUAUGAUACUCCACGUCGUUCUAGUAUAGCUUUUCAUUCAUAUCCUCAAAGUUUUCCAUAUCGUCCAACAACAAUAAUUGAUGAUCGUCUUCGUGAAUUAACUCUUGAAUAUGAAAUUCAACAAGAUUUAGGUGAACGUUUACGUUUACUUGAAGAUUAUGAAAUAAUAAUUUUAUGUGAUGAUUCUGGUUCAAUGAAAACAACAGUUGAUAAUACAAAUCGUACACGAUGGGAUGAACUUCGUGAUAUGGUUAAAAUUGUUUUAAAAAUUGGUACAAUAUUUGAUACAACUGGUGUUGAUGUUUAUUUUCUUAAUCGACCAUCAAUACUUAAUGUAACUGAUCCUGAAUCAAUAAAUAUUGAAUUUUCCCAACAACCACGUGGUUAUACACCAUUAGUCAAGGCACUUCGACAUAUUUUUAAUUUACCAUCAACACGUCGAGGUAAUGAUAAAAAAGUUCUUGUAUUUGUUGCAACUGAUGGUGCACCAUCAGAUGAUCGAGGAAAUAUUAAUGUUGAUGAACUUGAACAUUUAAUGAUUGAUGAACGUCGAAUAGAAACAACUCAUGUCAUGUUUUUAAUAUGUACUGAUGAUUCAACUUGUGUCGAAUAUUUAAAUGAUUGGGAUAGAAAAAUGACGAAUGUGGAUGUUACUGAUGAUUUUAUAACUGAAAGAAAGAAGAUCCGUCAAGUUAAUGGAGAAAAUUAUCCAUUUUCAAAAGGGGAUUAUAUUGUUAAAGCAUUACUUGGUGCUAUUGAUGAUGAUAUGGAUAAACUUAAUGAACCUCCACAAAUAAAUAUGCAUUGA